CACGAACACUCAUCCCCUUACUGUGAACUAUUUACAUAAUGUCCACUCGAAUUCAGCCGCAAACUAUUCGCACUGUGGGCAAACUAUUCGCGAAUGCUACUAUUAAAGACGUCGAAACGCCCAUUUAUCCACCCAAGCGAUCGCUUCUGAGUCGUGUACAUCUCUAUCAAGGUGACAUCACUGAAAUCGAGGUGGAUGCGAUCGUCAACGCUGCCAAAUCGACAUUGCAGGGCGGCAGCGGAGUGGAUGGGGCGAUCCAUAUGGCUGCUGGCCCAGCACUCGCCAAAUCAUGCAGAGAAUUGUAUCCUGGACGUCACCCCUGCCCAACUGGUGACGCUAAAAUUACUCCGGGUUUCCAGCUCCCAUCGAAACACGUUAUCCAUACUGUAGGACCAAGAUGGAGUGUUUCUUCAGACACAGAGACAAUGGCUAGUCAGCUUGCGUCUUGCUAUAGAAAGAGUCUUCAGUUAGCGGUAGACAACAACUGCAAGAGCAUCGCCUUUCCCCUGAUUUCAACUGGCGUCUAUGGAUACCCCAUCGGCGAGGCAGCUCGCGUUGCUCUCAAGGAGACACGAAUUUUCUUGGAAGGAAAUAACCAGUUGGACCACGUAGUAUUUGUCAUUUUCACCGGGAGGGAUGACGAUCAAAAGAUAUACGAAAAAUUCAUUCCAUAUUAUUUCCCUCUUGGACCAGAAGAUAUUACGGAAAGCGUCGAACUUCUGUCGAGCGUGAAAGGUCCCGUAGAUGAAUAAUUUCUGCGUUGCAUUGUUUCACUUCACAGCAUUUUACUUCCAGAACCAAAUCAAAAUAGUUACCGAGCAAUUACUUACAUCCAUUCUGAUACACAAAGUUGAUAGGCUCUCUAAGACUGUCUGACAGAUGAUAGGAGGAUGAAACAACUGAUGUCAAA